UUCUAAAAAUCUUAUUUGCAGCGUUUGUCUGCCUUCUGCAUAUCAAAGUAUCCGUUCAUGGAUUCAACUCGCAAUUACAGAGUUCACAUGUGAAAUGCAUAGAGAGGGAGAGACAAGCACUCCUCACUUUCAAACAAAGUCUCCGAGAUUACCAUGCCAUGCUGUCCACGUGGAGAGACGAUGAAAAUAACAGAGAUUGUUGCAAAUGGGAAGGCAUUGAAUGUAACAACGAAACUGGUCACAUAGAGAUGCUUGGUCUUCGUGGUUCAACAUCGCAUUAUUUGUCAGGUUCAAUCAAUAUCACUUCGUUGUUUGAAUUGAAAAAUUUGGAAUAUUUGGAUCUCAGCUAUAAUGUUUUUUACGGAAGCCAAAUUCCAGUGUCCAUUGGCUCAUUUCAAAGGUUAAGAUAUCUCAAUCUAUCACAGUCAGGCCUUUCAGGGACAAUUCCUUAUGAACUACGAAAUCUGUCAAAAUUAGAGUAUCUUGAUCUUAAAAGUAAUGGUCUCGAUGGAGAAUUUCCUUCUCAAGUUGGAAAUCUCUCAGAUUUAGGUUAUCUUGAUCUUUCAGGAAAUUACUUUUCUGGUGCAAUCCCUCAUGAACUUGGAAAUUUGUCUCAUAUGAUGUAUCUCGAUCUUUCAGGAAAUUCACUUUCCGGAACACUCCCUUUCCAUGUCGGAAAUCUUCCGCUCUUGCGUUCUCUUAGACUUGAUGGCAGGUCCGGUCUUAAAAUAAAAGAUGAAAAUUGGUUAUCUUCUCUCUCAUCAUUAACAACUCUCAGUCUCCAUUCAUUUCCUUAUCUUGACUUCUCUCAUCCCUGGCUUCAAAUUAUCAGUGAGCAUCUUCCAAACUUACGAGAGUUGAGUCUAGUCAAAUGUGGUCUUUCAGAUUAUCAUAUUUCAUCUUUGUUUCCUUCUCAAUUCAACAUUUCCACUUCACUUUCCAUCCUUGAUCUCUCUUAUAAUAUACUGACGUCAUCAACAUUUCAGCUGUUGUCCAACUAUAGCCCUAAUCUCCAAGAGCUUCAUAUUUCUGACAAUAACAUUGUUUUGUCAUCUUCUCACUAUCCAAACUUUCCUUCUCUUGUGGUCCUUGAUCUCGCUACUAAUAAUCUAACUCAGGCAUCAAUACUUCAGUGGAAUUUCAACUUCAGCACCAAACUGCAAAAUCUUUACUUAGGAAAUUGCGGUCUCACUGAUAAAAAUUUUCUUGUGUCAUCUACUUCCAUUAAAGAUUCUCAUUAUCUUGUCACCCUUGAUCUCUCACUUAAUCUGUUGACAUCGGCUAUAUUUGACUGGGUUUUCAACUGCACCACGAAUCUACAAAGCCUUUCCCUUUAUGAUAACUUGAUAGAAGGUCCCAUUCCAUAUGCAUUUGGGAAAGUAAUGAACUCUCUUGAAGUUCUCAGACUUGGCACCAACAAACUGAAAGGCGAGAUUCCAGCUUCGCUUGGGAACAUAUGCACAUUAAAGAUAUUAUACCUUAAUAGUAACAGUUUGAGUGGGAAAAUUUCUAGCUUCAUUCAGAAUUCCUCAAGGUGCAACAGCCCUGCACUUGAGACGCUAGAUUUAUCUAAUAACUCGAUAAUUGGAAAAGUACCAGAAAGCAUUGGGUUGCUUCAUCAGUUGCAGUCUCUUCAUCUUGAGGAAAAUUAUUUGGAGGGCGAUAUCAAUGAAUUGCAUCUCACAAAUUUGUCCCAAUUGGUAAACUUAGACUUAUCAGACAACUCAUUGUCACUAACGUUCGGUACUACUUGGUUUCCGUCUUUCCAAUUAUUUAGCAUGACACUAGCUUCAUGCAAGUUGGGUCCAACCUUCCCAAGCUGGCUCCAAACUCAAAGUCAGCUAUACUUCCUUGAUAUUUCGGAUGCGGGGAUUGAUGACUUUGUACCAGAUUGGUUUUGGAACAAGUUACAGUUUAUAAAUGAGAUCAAUAUGUCUUACAACAGUCUCAAAGGCUCGAUUCCAAAUUUAACGAUGGAGUUUCUCUCGGAUGGUCCAAAUGCAAUAAUUCUAAAUUCAAAUAAUCUUGAAGGUGUAAUCCCUACAUUUUUGUCAUAUGCUCAAACGUUGGAUUUGUCAGGAAAUAAGUUUUCAGAUUUAAAUACAUUAUUGUGCAGAAAUAGAGUAACAAAAGGUAUCCGUACUUUGGAUUUAUCAAAUAAUCAAAUAACGGGACAACUGCCUGAGUGUUGGGAACAUCUAAGUUCAUUAGCAUUUCUUGAUCUAAGAAAUAAUAAAUUAUCUGGAAAGAUUCCACAGUCCAUGGGUACUCUUGUUCAGUUGGAGGCUCUGGUCCUACGAAACAACAAUUUUAGUGGAGAACUGCCACUCACAUUGAAGAAAUGUUCAAACUUAGCUUUACUAGACGUGAGUAAGAAUUUGUUGUCUGGUCCAGUACCUUCCUGGAUCGGGGAAAAUAUGCAACGAUUGAAAAUCCUGAGCUUGCGAGUAAAUAACUUCUUUGGAAGUGUUCCUGUACAACUCUGCUAUUUGAGUCAAAUUCAAGUCUUUGACCUCUCAAAGAAUAACUUGUCAGGUGAAAUACCAACAUGUUUCAGAAAUUUUACCACAUUGAUGGAAAGGAGCGUAAUCCCGAGGGAAAUUGUAAGGAGACGAAAAAUUUCGCCAGAAGAAUCUUAUGGAGAUAUUUAUGACUCUUACUUGUUGUUGGCGUGGAAAGGUCAGGAUCGUGAGUUUUGGAAUCCAGAGAAUCUUCUUAAGAGCAUUGACCUCUCAAGUAACAAUUUAACAGGUGAAGUACCUAAAGAGAUUGGAUAUUUAGUUGGAUUGAUUUCUUUGAAUUUAUCAAGAAACAACUUUCGUGGUGAAAUUCCUACAGAGAUUGGGAAUUUAAGUUUGCUGGAAUUCCUAGACUUAUCAAGAAAUAAUUUGUCAGGCAGUAUUCCUUCCACUCUUUCCAACAUUGAUCGUCUUGGUGUGUUAGACUUAUCAAACAACAAUCUCAGUGGAAGAAUCCCAAGAGGAAGACAUUUUGAAACCUUUGGUGGCUCUUGUUUUGAAGGAAAUAUUAAUCUUUGUCGAGAGCAACUCAACAAAAGUUGUCCAGGAGAUGAGACAAUACAAGAAACUCAACAACCAACAAUCGUUGGAGAGAAGAAUUCAAAUUUCUAUGGAGCAUUAUACAUGAGCUUGGGGCUAGGUUUCUUUGCAGGCUUUUGGGGCUUAUUAGGAUCAAUGCUACUUUGGCAACCAUGGAGAAUUGCUUACAUGAGAUUCUUGAACAGACUGAUAGACUAUGUACUUGUAAUGGUUGAAUUGAACUUUACCAAGUGUCAUAGGUGGCUCAAAGGAUAGUAGAAUUUGCAGUUUACGGAAGAUAACGAAAGCUGCAUGGAUUACUGGAGUAGGUAUUGAGGUUGAACAAACUUGCUUAUUUCAUUGUCUUCUAUUGUGUAGUGCAAGCGUAACUUUUCUUAUUUCUUUUUAUAAUGUUAACGUUUUGCAUUCAUCUUAAAUAAUGAUUCCAUCUUCAAAUUGACUACCCACAUUUAUAAGUGUCAGCAUUUAUGGAAACAAAAACAAGUUUGGUUGCAAUAAUGAAUAAGAGAGUUU